CACUCUGAGGUGCCUGGAUCCCCCAUCCUGAGCAGCAGCAGCUGCAACAGCGCCUAUCCUGGACAGAUCACCUCCAACAUGUUCUGUGCUGGCUUCAUGGAGGGAGGCAAGGACUCUUGCCAGGGAGAUUCCGGUAGCCCCGUGGUGUGCAAUGGUCAGCUGCAGGGUGUUGUGUCCUGGGGUUACGGCUGUGCCCAGAGGAACAAGCCUGGUGUCUACACCAAGGUCUGCAACUACAAAUCCUGGAUCAGCAGCACCAUGUCCUCCAACUAAUUGAUCUAGACAUAUUCUCUAAGACAGAAAUACAUGAUAACAACAAUGGUCAUGAGAAAAUAAAUUAUAUUUUACUUUUAAA